CUACAGUGUCUUUAAGGAGGCAGGAGUGACACUGGCAUCUGCUACACGCAGGAAGAUAAAACGUAAUCUCUGACUGGGCUCUCGGCUUCGGUUCGUGAUGGGUUUUUCAGGACAGUUCUGCGAAAGAGAAGUCAAUGCCUGUGACUCAGGGCCUUGCUUGAAUGGUGCCGUCUGUGUGGAUGAUGUCAAUGGAUAUGAUUGUUUCUGCCCUGAAGGAUUUGAAGGUCUGAACUGUGAAAUCAACUUUGAUGACUGCUCUUACAGCUUCUGUAAAAACAACGCGACGUGUUUGGACCUGGUUGCAGACUACUCUUGUGUUUGUCCUCCAGGCUUCAUUGACAAAAACUGUUCAAUGGACAUUGAUGAAUGUGCCUUCAAGCCCUGCAAAAAUGGAGCCAGUUGCCAUAAUUUGAUUGGCAAAUUUUACUGUAACUGCUUGCCAGGGUUUACUGGUGAACUCUGUGAAGAGAAUAUUGGUAGCUGCCUAUCACAGCCUUGUGGAGCUCUCAGUCUCUGUAAGGAUGAAGUUGAUGGUUAUCAUUGCUUCUGCGCACCUGGUUUUAUAGGUAAUAACUGUGAGACAGAAGUGGAUGAGUGCCUAAGUGACCCAUGUCAGAAUGGUGCCACCUGUGUUGAGCAACUCAAUGCCUUCAACUGCAUGUGUUCUGAUGGAUUUCAAGGUGCAGUUUGUGAAGUCAACAUUAAUGAAUGUCACUCAAACCCCUGCCUCCAUAAUGCAACCUGUACUGACCUUACUGGCGGAUAUGACUGUGUCUGUCUACCUGGUUUCACUGGUAUGCACUGUGAAACUGAUAUAGAUGAGUGUGCUUCAUUUCCCUGCAAGUAUGGAGGCACCUGCAUUGACCAACCUGGUAAUUACUACUGCCAAUGUGUGGCUCCAUUUAAAGGUUUUAACUGUGAGUUCAGGCCCUGUGAGGGUGGCAAUCCCUGUGAGAAUGGAGCUGUGUGCCUCAAAGAGAUGGAUUUGACUGUCUUUCCUCUCGGCUUCCAGUGCCAGUGUUGGAAGGGCUUUGCAGGCCCCCGCUGCGAGAUCAACAUCGACGAGUGCAGCUCCAGCCCUUGCCUCCAUGGAUAUUGCUAUGACGUUGUUGAUGGCUUCUACUGCUUGUGCAACCCUGGAUACGCAGGACAAAAGUGUGAUCAAGACAUUGACGACUGCAUCAUUAAUGCAUGCAGACACAAUUCGACAUGCAUGGAUCUCCAUCUGGGCUACCAGUGUAUCUGCCUCCCUGGUUGGGAAGGGCCAUUUUGUGAAUCUGAAUCCAAUGAGUGUGACUCCAAUCCUUGUAUGAACAACAGCACUUGCACUGAUCUCUUCAAUGACUAUCGGUAA